AUGGACAAAGAUGACAUGCCAUACCAUAUGCGAGAGGAAUCGGGAAAGAAUGUUGUUCCAGACACAUUCGACAAACAAUCGUCGAGGCGCUCAGGUGACACUACCAAGGUUGAAAUCGGUAGCAUUAAGACGCACCCAGGAAUAAACUAUGCUUCGUACAAAGCCUUGGGCAAAGGCCUAAGCUCUUCGGCGAAUAUGACACCGGACGGCAGGAUCGUUAUUACUCUCGAUCUUCACAAGAAGCUUCCAGACUUACCUAAAGAUUAUGCUAAUCCUGUUCGAGAGUAUGCGGUCGAUAGAGUCGACUGGCGUAUUGCGCCACCUAUGAGUAUUGUCAUUAUGAUUGUAGGAAGUCGAGGGGAUGUUCAGCCAUUCUUAGCCCUCGGAAAGAAGCUGAAGGAGUACGGUCACGAUAUACGAAUUGCUACUCAUGGGACAUUUAAGUCUUUUGUAAAGGGGUCAGGGCUACGAUUUUUCGAUAUUGGAGGCGAUCCCGAGCAACUUAUGAGUUACAUGGUCCGCAACCCAGGGCUAAUGCCCGGUUUGGAAUCUUUGACGAACGGAGACAUAGGAAUGAAGCGUAAAAUGGUGGCCGAAUACCUUGACGGAUGCUGGAAGGCCUGCUAUCAACCCGAUGACGAUGAUGAUCAGCUAUCUUUUGCUGCCGACGCAAUCAUAUCUAAUCCUCCUGCAUUUGCACAUAUACAUUGCGCCGAAGCGCUUGGAAUUCCCUUACAGCUAUCAUUUACUAUGCCCUGGUGUGCAACAACAGAUUUCCCACACCCUUUAGUGAAUGUUCUCCAGUCAAAUGCGGGAAUGGGGCUCACCAACGUUUUGUCGUAUGCUUUGGCAGAGUUAAUGACAUGGCAAGGGUUGGGCGACGUGAUUAAUCAUUUCCGUACUCAGACUCUUGGUCUUGAACCAUUAAGCUUACGUUCUGGCGCAGGUCUUGUAGAUCGCAUACGCGUACCUUGGACAUACUGCAUGUCACCCGCGUUGGUGCCUAAACCAGACGAUUGGACGAAUCAUAUAGAUGUAGUUGGUUUUUACUUCCUGGACCUAGCGUCAAACUAUGAGCCCCCCGAUAAUGUAAAGAAGUUCCUGAAUGAGGGAGAGCCACCUAUUUAUAUUGGUUUUGGAUCAAUUGUUAUCGAGGAACCAAAAGAAAUGACCCAGAAAAUAUUCCAAGCGAUAAAAGAAACCAGAACUCGAGCCAUUCUGUCCGCAGGAUGGGGCGGACUGUUUGCACCAGACAGCCCCAACGUUCCUGAGGGAGUUUUGAUACUAGACAAGCAGACAGGUAAUAUUCCGCAUGACUGGCUGUUCAACUACGUAUCGGCUGUCUGUCACCAUGGAGGGGCCGGGACAACUAGUGCAGGGCUGAAAGCGGGAAAACCGACUAUCGUGGUCCCAUUCUUUGGAGAUCAACCAUUCUGGGGGACAAUGAUCGCAAGGGCAGGUGCAGGCCCGGAGCCGAUUCCACAAGAUGAGUUAUCCACCAAGAAGCUCAUCGCCGCCUUUGAAUUCGUUAAAUCACCGCGAGCCAAGCAAGCUGCUGAAAGGAUGGGUAAACAAAUUCGAAGCGAGAACGGAGUUAUGCUCGGAGCAGAUUCAUUCCAUAAACAUCUACCUUUGCUAAAUAUGAGAUGUGACAUCGAUCCUCAUAAACUAGCCGAGUGGUGGUCACCUGAGCACUACCUGCGCCUUAGCGGAUUCGCAGCCACAACCCUAACGGAAGCUGGCCUACUCGACACGAAAAAAAUCCAACGUCACCGCACUAAGGAAUAUGAAACUCACAAGAAGGCUACCGACCCUAUUACGGGUGGCUCUAUCGAAAUCAUGCGAACGGUCACCCACUACUACGCUGGCAUUGCGCAGAUAUUCUACAGCCCUAUCAAGGGAAUUAUAAACACGACUACAGCCAUUCCUAAAGGCAUUAUGAAUAUCAUAGGGAGUGUAUCUGAUGGAUUUCACAAUGUCCCCCGUAUCUACGGUUCCGAAAUAAGAGAACGUGGACCUAUUACAGACUUCUCGAGUGGAAUCACAGAGGGUGCAAAGGGAUUAUUCUACGGUUACAAGGAUGGCAUCACUGGGCUUGUCACAGAGCCACUGGCAGGUGCAAAAAAAGAAGGCUUCAUAGGUUUUAUAAAAGGGUCUGGCAGAAGUUACAUCAACGCAACUAUGAAACCAGCGGCUGGAAUCAUGGGUAUGAUAUCUAAUCCAAUAGAAGGUGUAUGGAAGUCGGGUCAGAAACGUUGGGCAAAGCAGCAGGAUUCGCAACAACUUGCAAUCCGGGUAGAACGCGGAAAGCGAGCAUAUGAGGCAAGUACGGAAGAGGAGCGUCAAGACGUGAUUGACGCGUUCAAGCGUCUGACGAAACGAAAUGUUACAUUGGACCGGAAAAAGACUAUGGAGGCGGAGGCUAAAGAAAUGCUACAAACCGAUGCGAGCCGAAAACUAACGCUUGCGGACGACCAGGAUGCUAGCGAUGAAGAAAUGAGUCCUUCAGAUGAUUCGAAGUCGGUAUUGCGUCCUGUACGGUCGGCUUCUCCAGAUCGUUUUGCUCAUUCAGAGGUCGAGAAGGCUGCUCCGCCCCCACCUCCGAAGCGCCCGCCCCAACAGAAUACUCAAGAUGAGGAAGCUGCGUUCCAGCGCGAUUUAGAUCUGGCAUUGCGUCUAUCAUUGGCCGAACAACAAGGGUACGAACGUGGCCUACAGGCAGCGGCCGAGGCAAAGCAGCAGAAAUAA